CGUGGAAUUGUCUCAAAAUCGCAAUUACUUUAUAUAAUUUUGGCCCUUCAUUUCUUCAUAUAAUCGACUUGAAGCCAAGACGUCAACAGUGCACAAAAUAUACUUAUGAAAAUACUGAAUGUGAAAUCAAGGUAUUACUACAAAUCGUAGCUGAGACGUCAACAAAAACCUGAAUGGAAGGGGAGAUAAAAAGAAUAUAUGUUCUUGGUGACCCAUCAGUAAUUGGAAGAUGCUUGUCCUUGCGGGAAACAUUUGCAUAUAAUUAUUCAUUGGAUUUUGGAUAUGAUUUCUAUAUUCCCUUGUUGGUCGACCAAGUGAAAUACACGAUUAGAAUAUUGAUACCAGACAGUCAUGUAGGAUUUUCUAUUUAUCCCUGGUAUUAUCCAUCGGCAGAUAUCAUCAUUGAACUUUUUGCCAUUGAAAGCCUACUUUCUCUAAAACAAGCUAUUGAUGUUGAUAUUCCUUAUAUUCGAAAAACUUAUAUUCCAGAAACACCAGUGCUGCUUGCUGGAGCUAAAGCUGACCUCAAAGGGGUAAAUGAAAAGCACCUUUUUCCUUGUGAACUGGGUCCUUUACUUGCCAGAUGUCUUGGAGCCGUAAAGUACAUAGAAUGCUCCUCCAUAACAAACUUUAACGUGCAUAAAGUAUUAGAAGAGGCUGUCCGUUCCCAUUUGAGUAAUUCAAAUUCUGAAUUUAUUGGAAAACAUUUGUAUGCGGCAAUUAAUAUAAUGACUGACAGAAAUAGCAAUUGGGCCAGAUUUCUCUGGGAUCAGUUCGACCGGCUAGAUUCAUUAAAUUGGUUUCCUUUUAUUAAGCCAUCUCUUCGGCAAGAUCCUAAUUUUUAUCUAGUAGAACAGAGUUUUCUUCACAUCACAGAGGAAGAUUCACGUAAAAGCUUUUUGAUAUAUCGCGUUUUGGAGUUUGACAGACUUCAACUUUCAUACGGAAUACCUUGUACGGUUGUUGAUCGUGACGUGUAUAAAAGUUCACCACCGACUUGUACUCUGUGGUAUUUUCAUGAAUGUUACAAGAAYCGGGCCCAGAUCUUUCAGUGCCGAUCAUUUAGUAUUGCGCGGGCUGAAUCUCACAAAGACAUGAAUUGCUCGACAUGCCCCGCAAAUCUCCACUUCGUUUCCAACAACUGUGAGUCUAUUGCUAGUUUUCUUAGUACCAGGGAUCAAUUGUUGGUGAGAAGCUUAAUCAUUAUUAACUGCUCUGGAACGCUGGAUUUCUUAUUCUUGGCUAAGUUUACUGGUCUGGAGUACAUGAUCAUUGUUAAUACUGCAGUCGACCUGGCUACCUUAACCUUUCCUCCACAUCUCCAUUAUACCAUGAAACAUUUAGUACUGAAUAACUGUGGAAUAACACAAGCUACAGAUGUGCCUUAUAAGAUAGGAAACCUUGUUAAUCUGGAAAUUUUGAACCUUGCCAAUAACAAGUUUAAGAAAAUUCCCUCAACGCUGGGUUCUCUCAAGAAGCUACACACCCUACUUAUUGAUCAUGAGAAUGUGUACUUUCCUCCACCUGAAGUGUUAAAGAGAUCUGCCAGAGACAUCAUUAAUUACUUUGAAGCGUUGGAAGAAUAUCCAGUUCUGAAUACAGAAUCAAAGUUGAUUGUCGCAGGAGAGGAAGGAGUUGGUAAAAGCACCCUUAUCAAAGCAAUGAGACGUAGUCGCUGGCUUACCAAGAAUAAACCUCCACCCAAAACAGAUGGCGUUGACAUUUCUGUUCUGCCUUUGAAAGACAUCCAGUGCAAGGUGUAUGACUUGGCGGGAGAUGUGGAAUAUCUCAAUACACAUUCUCUUUUUCUUUCUUCCAACACUCUUUAUUUGAUUGUCUAUGACCUAAGCAGAGUCAUUGUUGACAAAGGAGUACGAUCUGUAGAUCAUAUGUGUCGACUUCGGCUGUGGCUGGAAACAAUUGCAUCUCAAGAUCCCAAUUCAAACGUCAUCCUUGUAGGCACCCAUGCCGACCGACCUUUGGUGAACAGCGAGAUCAUCGAUAAAAACCGAAAGCUUUUGGCAGAGGUUUUAAUCAAGUAUUGURCGUCGCACAGAGCCUUCUGUCGAACUGACAAUUGCGAAGAAUGCUUCAUUUGUAACCCAGAAAAAUGUCCCGAAAAUCUCGAAUAUUUAACGUGUUUAAUGACGGACACAUCAAGUAGAGAAACCACCUGCGGCCAAAUUCCACACAUUCUUGGCUACUUUGAAGUCAGCAGUAUUAAAAAAUAUCCUAGUUCACUACUGAGGUUUAAAAAUACCAAUGUUGAAGGGCUAAAGUCUUUGGUAGCUUCUUCCAUUUCCAAUAUAACGAAAGCAACAGGAACCGAUAAAAUUCCUAAACAAUGGCUUUCAUUUCGCAAAGGUAUUGCUCAAAAUCUGUCUUCUGAUGAUGCUCUAAAACAGCAACCCUUGUUGCCCUUGUCUCUUGUCUAUGACAUUGCGUUAAAGUUAGAGAUUCACAAGGAGGAAAGAGUGAUAGCAAUGCUGAGGUUUUUCCAUUCCCAAGGUACGUUUCUCUGGUACGAGGAUCUGCCUGAAAUGAAAGACAUCGUCAUAAUCGACCCGCAGUGGUUGUCAGAUCAGCUGCGUACGCUUAUCUCCCAUCGUCCUUCUGUUAGCUCUAUUUGCGAUGGAGUUCUUCAUCUUUCAGAACUCUCCACAGUGUGGUCUCAGAUGUCAGACGAUAAUCGACGGAGCCUUUUGGCUCUUUUCAGGAAUGUGGGCUUGUGCUUCCCCAUCUCGGACACAGAAGAGUUAUUUCCUUGCAAUUUGCCAGUUGGUUGGCCCGAUCGAGAGAUAUGGCCUCCAGUGCCAACGCCAGGACAAAAUCAAACGUGUCUUCUUUUUGAAUUUAGCUUCGUACCUCCAUCAUUCUUUCCAGACCUCAUAGUUGAAGUCAACAAAAAGAAUGAGACCUUUGCUAGAAAUGUGAAGCCGUUGUACUAUCGUUUUAAUAUCGUCUACAUCAGAAAAGAUCAGGAACCGAGUAGCUCUUUUCAUGAUCUUGACGCUGGUGCGAAAGACGAUGCUACUAAAGACGAGCCGGGCAACUGCCUCCCUCCACAAUAUUCACCUGUGUUGCAUACAGUUCACUAUGAACUCAUGCCUUAUAAUAACUCGUUAACUGUUGCUGUCAGAGGUCCUGAUCCACCGUCUAUCAUACCUGGCAUAAGAUCUACGAUAGAAACUGUCAAGCGUCGCCGCUAUCCAGGUAUCACUUAUAGGGAAAGUGUGUUGUGUCCCGAAUGUGUGAUGAAGAGAAUUCAGCCUCCAGCUUCGUUUAAAUACAAUAUUCCACAUGACGGUGUUUGUUCAGUAGGACACAUUGUCGGCCGCAACCAAGAUAGUUAAUUACAGUUCGGCCGAGAUUGUUCCCUUGUGGAUUGCUCAAACAACCCGAAUUGUUAGAGAAACUUUAGAGAAUCAUUUCUGUCCUAAGUUGUUUGUAGUUCUGCCUAUUAAUCUUGAAUGCCUAUCAUUGAAAGAUCGUUUGGUUUACUCCUACUUCAGAGAUGGAUUUGCAGUUCAUCUCCUCUGCGAGUGUCCAGACCAAUGGCACUUUGUGGAUUCUCCUGGGCUUCGUGUUGGUAAACCCAAAGAGUUCUUUAAGACGUAUGGCAAACGUGUGUGCAAAGCUCUGCGGUUUAUCUCAACCCUUUCUAGACCUAUAUUAGCUGCCGCAUUACUUGAUCCUCACUUUAGGGCAGGAGCUACUGUUGGUAUUGGUGCCGAGUCUGUCUGCCAAGAGCUUAAGUCCCUUCUGGACAGCUAUCUAAACAAGUACCCUCACUUAAAGCCUUCACUUGGCUCAUCUAAGGAUGACUUCAGUGAUUUGAAAUCAUCUUCUGGUCUACUACGCAGUGAUUUAUCCAGGUUUUUGGAGGUUGAAGCCAAAGGACGUAACUUUGGUCCUCUGGUUUGUACAAAUGUAGACAAGAGUGGCAAAUGGCUGUGGUUGUGUGAAGAACAUUGUGAGAGGUUUGAAAUCGUUCAACGCGAGAAUGAAAACGAUUAGUCGUGUCUUACUAAGCGAAAGACUUUUUACUUCAACAAAAUUAUUAAAAUCAUCAGAAAGAAUUUUGAAUUUAACGAUCUAGCCCUGUUUAUCCUGCAAGAGCAUUAGAUGUCAAAACUGUACAUGGCAUGAAAAAUAAAGGAACUAAAUCACCAAGAAAUCUAGAAAGAUAAUACGUCAUUCGAUAGCUACCAAAUCAAAAGUUUCAAUCCAAAAACAUUUCAUCUGCUUUUCAAAGAGGUACAUCGUCAUUAGACCUCCAAGAGAGAAGAGUACAUCCAUCAUGUACUUAUAAAAUUAAAGUUUUAAAACAAUGUAUUACAUUAUUUAAAACCAAUGCAUUGCCCAGAAAUACCAAUAAACCUGACAUUAUGCUAAGCUAAGACAAUUGACCAAUAACACAAUAAAUCCUGCAAAAAAAGGAAUUUAACCUAACUAAGACUAUAAUACAUCCUGCACGCCAAAAAACCUGCCCAAGAGUACUAUACAUCCUGCAACACCAAGAAACCUGACC